AUGCUGGAGGACCAGAAGACCAAGGUCAAGGUCAUCUUCUUCGUCAUCCUGGUGGGGAUCUCCUCCAUGUUUGUAGCCAUAGUGACGGACCACUGGGCGGUCCUGAGUGCCCGGCUGGAGAGGCUGAACUCCACCUGUGACACGGCCCACUUCGGGCUCUGGCGCCUCUGCAAGAAGUCCAUCUUCAUUGCCAAGGAUGAUGGCCAUCACCAGGGCGCCACGGCCACUUGUGGGCCACUGAGCCUGCCCGGGGCAGAGAACUGCUCCUACUUCAGACACUUCACAUCAAACGAGGAGGCGGAAGUCUUUGAGGUAACGACUCAGAAAGAGUACAACAUCUCUGCAGCAGCCAUCGCCAUCUUCGGCCUGGGCUUCAUCUUCUUGGGGACCCUCUGCCUGCUGAUGUCUUUUGGGAAGGGCAGAGACUACCUACUCAGGCCCUCGGGCAUGUUCUACGCUUUUGCAGGGAUGUGCAUCGUCAUCUCGGUGGAGGUGAUGCGCUCGUCGGUGAAGAGGAUGGUCAUCAGCGAGGAGACGGUGUGGACCGAGUACUCCUACUCCUGGUCGUUCUCCUGCGCCUGCUCCUCCUUCAUCCUCCUCUUCCUCAGCGGAGUCAGCCUCCUCAUCGUCUCCAUGCCGCACAUGCCCCGCAACCCCUGGGAGACCUGCAUGGACGCUGAGCCCGACACCCUAGACUAG